UGAUGGGUAUGUAUGUGCUGGCCAUUUCACAUUUAUUUCCUACAAAAUAUACGAGAAUUAAUUUAGAAUGGCAAAUUUAACCCCUAUUGAUGUUAUUUAACCUUUCGAACAUAUAAUAUGUGUCUACUAUUUUAUUUUUAGUGUUUCUCACGUUUUAAGGGACUAAUAAAAUGAGUCAACUUUGAAAUUGCAUUGUGUGUCUCAUGAAUGGCCUCCCACUAACUUUCCCUCCUUUUCCCUCCACCAUCCAAAAUUUCCACCCUAUUCUUUACCCUCUCAAAUCCAUCAUAUCUUCAAAAUUUUCUCUCUCUUCCUCAAAUUUCAAUCAUCCAAAAAAAAAAACAAAGAAAUUUCUCACAAACUUGUUACAAUCAUCGCGAUUUUAUGUAAUUUAUUGAAUCAACAAUAAUAAUUUGGGGAAAUUCUCUUAGAGGUUUUCUUUUAUAACAAGACUAAUAACCUUCUUUUUUUUUUUCUCUAUUGAAACCACCACCACAACUAACCACAAUGCCGAGCAAAUUGAGAAAGGCAAUCGCGGCCAUGAAGGAUCAAACGAGCAUAAGCCUGGCGAAGGUUGGGGGAGCAGAGUCCUCAACCCUCGAAGUAGCAAUUUUAAAGGCUACAACUCACGAUGAGGUACCAGUGGAUGAGAGAUACAUCACAGAUAUCCUUCGAAUCGUGUCCUCAAAUAGAACCUAUGCGGGGUCCUGUGCAAGAGCACUAGGACGCCGCAUAGGUAGGACUCGAAAUUGGGUCGUGGCAUUAAAAUCAUUAAUGAUAGUCCUCCGGGUUUUCCAAGAUGGGGACCCACAUUUCCCUAAGGAGAUCCUCCAUGCCAUGAAACGAGGGUACAAGAUCCUUAAUCUCAACUCAUUCCGUGAUGACUCCUCUACUUCUUGCCCUUGGGAUUUUACCGCCUUCGUACGCACCUUCGCCCUCUACCUUGAUGAGCGUCUCGAUUGCUUCCUCACGGGCAAGCUUCAACGGCGAAAAUCGUAUCAACAAUCUGGCCGUAGCAAGGGUUACUCGAGGAAUAAUGAACCUAUUGUCCGUGACAUGAAGCCUAGUGUGCUCCUUGACAGGAUCUUACACUGGCAGAAGCUACUAGACCGUGCAAUCGCCACCCAACCCACAGGUGCAGCUCGAACCAACCACGUGGUGCAAACCUGCCUCUACGCGAUAGUCCAGGAAACAUUCGACCUAUACCGGGACAUAUCCGAUGGUCUAGCCUUAUUACUAGACAGUUUCUUCCAUUUACAGUACAACAAUUGUGUAAGUGCAUUCCAAACUUGUGUUAAAGCCUCUAAGCAAUUCGGCGAACUUGCCACCUUCUACGACUUGUGCAAGAGCAUAGGAAUCGGUAGAACCUCAGAGUACCCGAGUGUCCAAACAAUAUCCGAAGAAUUGGUAGAAACCUUACAAGAGUUCCUUAAGGACCAAUCUUCUUUCCCUGGGACUAACGGUCGUAGAACACCUGGAGGAAGUGGACACUACCUCCCCUCACUUAGUCCAAACUCGGAGUCAGACUCCGUGAGGAGGUCCGAGUAUGGUGAGUCUCAAUGCACCUCCCUCGAGGACCUCAUAGGUGGGGAUCACGGGUUUAGCCCCGAGAGGUACUCGGACCCUGGUAGGGAGAAGCCACCACAACUCGAAGAAUCGUAUAGUACAAAUGACACUACUUCGGUAAGAUCUGAACCAAUUGAUCAUCGAGGGAUUAACGCGGUGUUGGAUCUUUUAUCAUUAGACGAUCCAUCUCCUCCCACCGAUCUUCAACAGCAAGUCGUCGAGGAGUCUAACAAUGAAGGACUAACUUCGCCCUCAGAAGAGUCAGGACAAGGUUGGGAGUUGGUGUUAUUUGAAUCAGCAACAAAUCAACCUUCGACAGAAAUUACUAAUAAUAAUGACAACAUUGAUAGUAGUGUUGCAAGUAAUAACAAUGGGUUCGAGGUUGAUUUUUUCAGCGAUUUCAAUGGUCCUAGUACCUCAUCGUUUUCUCCCCUGCCCGACGACCACACCUAUAACCCAUUUUUACAGGACUCGGUUGAUUUAAACCUUCCCUUCGAAGCUCAAAAUAGCGAGCCCAUCAACGAGUUGGGAAGUUUUGGUUAUGUUAGUUUUGGACCCGGUAGUACAAAUGGAAGUAUCUCAGAUAGUGGUUUUCCUACUGAUUUAGGUGUUAGUGUUGGAAGCACUACUCAGCCAAGCACAUUCGAGGCCGGUUUACCAUUAAAUUUUCAUCCCGAACUUGGCAAUGUCAACACUGAAAACAACCACCAACAACUAGACUUGUUCGAUGACCCUGGUAGAAGUAGUAAUUUCAGUUCCAGCACCAACAUAUCGCUUGUAACUCACGGUGGACACGGUGAGCACAAUCGAAGUCUUUCGACAUCUGUUUUAGAUAACUUCGGCGAAGCUAAUACUGCUGGGAUGCCUCCUACUUAUAACCAAGCCAAUUAUGUGCCCACAACAUAUCACGCUAGGUUCGCGAGUACUGAUUUCAGCUCAUCACCCUUUUCGGUUUCAUUUCAAAAUGUGAAUGCUAGUAUAGGUAAACCAACAAUACAUCAUGCUAGGUAUGGGAGUAAUCUAAGUACAAAUUCAUCAGUCUUUUCGGAGAACUUCGAUUGUUUUAGCGGGUAUAGCAGUGCAACAGUACCACAACCUUUUCCUACUGAGCCAAGGGAUGGAAGUGCAAAUGCAAUGAAUGCAAUUGUUCCGUUUGGUCAAGUGGGAAGUGAUGAUUUAUUCUCUUCCUCGGGUCCUAAGCUCCAAGCAACCCCCACAUUUCGUGCCACGAGUAUAGAUAUGGAUCAACAUCAACAAAGUAAUCUAUGGAACGAGAAUGAUCCAUUCGGGUCAUUUCCGACUACUACAAGUGCUAUCGAUCCACAAAAAAUGAGUGGAUCUUUUGAUCAACAAAACAUAAUGCAACAACAACAAUUGUGGUUGCAAAAUCAGAAUAAGAUUAUGGCUAAACAUUUAACAUGAUCGUAAUGAUAAUUAACUUGUAUUUUGUUGUAUAUCGAUCUCUGUAGCUAAUUGUAUGUACUAAUUAGUUUGUUCGUUCUAAGAAAAAGAAUCAUUACAAGAACCAUUACAAAAGUCCUCCUCACGAGAGGAUAUAGAUUGUUUGUACUAUUUCUUGGUAAUAUUGCCUCAUUAGUAUGUAAUACUCAUCUUGUACCUCUUAAUGUUCUUAAACUUCUA